AUGUCUGAAAUCAAAGCUGAAACCUCCCAAGCAGAGCAUGUGGAUUCAGUGGACAAAACCACCAUGGACGCGACUUUCCGGGCCGACCCCAUCGAAGAGUCGUACAGGCUCUCUAUACGCACGUACCUGGCACUUUUAGUCAUGGGCCUUACUUGGGGCACCUGCACCAUGGCAAACAUUGGUCCCUCAACCACCUACAGUUUUGCUGUUAAUGCACUUGGGGGCUCUUCUAUUUCUUCCUGGGUUCCGAAUGCUGCUUUGUUUCCUCUUAUUGGGCUCCAGCCUGUUUGGGGCACUCUAUCCGAUCGAUUCGGUAAGCGAUGGCUUAUUGUAGCGGGUGGUGGCCUCGGAGUCGUCGGAAAUAUUGUUGCGGGAACCGCAAAGUCUGUCGAGGUCAUCAUUGUUGGUCAAGCUAUCACUGGCACGGGCUCCUCACUCUUCCUGUUGGUCAUUCCCGCUAGCAUGGAGAUCGUUCUCGCAAAACACCGAAGCUUCGCCCAAGGACUGAUGGGGACCAUCAACGGAAUCCUCGCUAUUGUGGUCUUGCUCGUGGCUGGCGCCUUUGUCAAAAUGUCCCCCUCGGGUUGGCGAUGGGUCUACUACCUGAAUGCUAUCUUCUUCGGCACCUGCGCAAUCGGGAUCAUCACCGUGUAUAACCCUCCACCUACCCGGCUUCGUCGAGAAUUGAGCACAAAGACGGCCUUCAAGUCUGUUGAUCUAGUGGGACUGGCGCUACUUGUGUGCGGAGUUGUUUUGGUUGUGACAGCACUUGUCUGGGGUGGACACACCUAUCCUUGGAGCGACGCUAAGGUCAUCUCGUUAUUAGCCGUUGGCUCUGUAUCCUUUUUUGGAUUGGGCAUCUACGAAACUUACGGGCGCAACGAUGGCCUCCUUGACCAUAGGUUUCUCGAGUCGCGGAACUUUCUGCUUAUUCUUUCAGUGUCAUUUGUCGAUGGAAUGCUGCUCUAUGGAGUAAACGCCUUUCUUCCUCAGGAAAUUGCCGGUCUCUUUACCCACGACCCUAUUAUGAUCAGCAUCUAUCUUCUCCCGCUGAACGUCUGCCUCAUAGGCGGAAUACUUGGCUCGGCGUAUAUCUUGGGGGUCUACAAUAAUUACCGAAGGAUCCUCACCGUCUCCAUGGUAUUGAUUGCUGUGUUCUGUGGUCUUCUCGCCUUGAUCACUGCAUCUCGACAAGCCAUGAUGCUUGUCUUUACUGGUCUUAUUGGUCUCGGCAUCGGUGUCACAACAGUAGUACCAGUAGUUGUACUUACCUACGCCGUUCCUUCUCAUCUGCUAGCGCUGGGUGGCAUUGUCGGUAUCACCAUUUUCGCAACUGUCCACGGUAACUACAUAGCAGCCCACCAAGCGCCAUCGAUUGCAAGCGCGGCCAUCGAAGCCGGUCUACCAAGCUCAUCUGUCGAGGAAUUCGUGACAAAUUUCCUCUCAUCAGGUGCCACUGAUAUUUCUAGUAUAUCUGGCGUAACCCAGAUGGUGAUUGUCGCAGCAGAACAUGCAUUGAAGCACGUUACAGCGAAGUCUUUUGAGUUUGUGUGGAUCGCAAACGCGGUGAUUGGAGCCGUCACAGCUAUUAUGACUGUUUUUCUGCUGCCUGUAGCUGCUAGUAUGACGGCUCAUGUCGAAGCACCCUUAGAGGAUGGAAAGCAUCGAGAAAAGAUUUCACCAGAGGAAGGGCUUGGGGACGAAUAG